AUGUCCAGCUCCCGAGUUGUCAUCCUGCCCACUUGCUCCAUCUGCCAAGAUGACAAUGCUGACCUCGACAUCAGUGUCACCACAUGUGGACAUGCCUUCCACACGAAGUGCAUAAGCGACUGGGUUGCCUGCCGGCCAGCAACUUUAUCCGGCGCCGAAACAAAGUGUCCAAGCUGUAACCGUCCCGUGAGGAAUUGUGGCCUGGGCGCGAAUUGGCAGCCAUUUUACAAGCUCCAUUCGCUUUCUGAGCGAGAGAUCAGCAAUCAACCCGUCCUUGAUCGAACAGACACAGUCCGGCAACACUUGAAGGGAACACUUGAGGUUCUGCAGGGACAAAUCAAGGCCGAAAUGGCAGAACGCGUGGCCAAAUCCUUUGCGGAACUCGGAAUUGAAGACAUCAAGCUCAAACUGGAUCGUUGGGAACGAGACGAGGAACUUCAUGCUCGCGAUGUGGAAAUUGAGGAAUUGAAAGAGACAGUUAACAAGUUGAGGAAGAACAUUCAGCUGUUAAAGGACGAGAAAGCAAAACUACGCAAACAAUCUCUAGCGAAAGACAAAGCUAUUCGAGACCAUGGAGCGUAUGUCAUCCUUGAGCAACAGCACGGCGCACUUUCAGCAUCGAAUGCAACGUUGAGGGCUCAAUUACAAGCAAGCGUCAAGAUAUUUGAUAACUUGAAACGGGCUGAUUCAGCUUACCAGAAGAGGUGCUUGGAUCCUGUGCUGCAGGACCACUGGCAAGAGUCCAAGUUGGAAAAGGAUUUGUCAAAGCUGAAUUGGGCUGCUCUGUUCUUUUUUAUGAAAACGCGUCCAUCAUGUCGAACGCGUCAUCAACAUCCGCGUAAGGCUGGUCAAUUCAAACGCACUCAAGUCACAUCCAGGUUGAACAUUCCUGAAAUCACGAUUGAUCAGUAUGAAGGACCCAAGUGGAUAGAUCCAUACUGGUGA